AUGGCGAACAUCCGGAUUACAUCAUCCGGGAGCCUGUCGCUGUACUGGCUGCGCACGAGUUCAGAUAUAAAAAACCUUGUUACAAUCCUUUUUGUUACAAAACUGCAGAAAGGUGGAGUGUGCAUUCGCGUGAUUGGCAAUUUGUCCUUGCUCCCAAAAGAUUUAUGCAAGAUGAUCGCCGAAGUUGCUAUGAUCACUAGGGACAAUAAGAAAUUAAUUCUGAAUUGUGCUUUUCCUUACACAUCAAGGGAUGACAUUACUCGUGCAAUUGAGGAUAUAGCAAAGGGCGUAAAGCGUUCUGAUAUCUUGCCCGAAGAUGUUGAUGAACACCUGAUUACCGAUUGUUUGUACACUUGCAAAUCUUCAAACCCGGAUUUAUUAAUUCGUACUUCUGGAGAGACUCGACUUAGCGAUUUCCUUAUGUGGGAAAUUGCUGACACCUACCUCUACUUCCCUGAUGUAUUGUGGCCUGAAUUUAGUCUUUGGCAUUUUUUGGUUCCAAUCUUUCAUUAUCAGAGAUGCUUUCCUGACUUGCAAAGAAAUAAGAUUACGAAACCGAUCUUGCGUAACAGUAGAGUAUCCAUGUUUCUCGACAAGUUAUAUCGCGGACGCGAUAUUAUGAUUGAAAAUAUGUAUCUAUUACGAGACACGGUAGUGUCUCGCGCCAAGUAUAAGCGACAAACUAUUAAGUGACAUCUGGUCUACCUAUCAAUCGUUCCUAAAAAUAAAUAAACGCUAUUCCAGUAAAAAUGAAAGUAUCGGUAAAAUAUGAUGAAAAUAUUUUGCAUUGUAUUUUACUUCGAGUUAACUUUCCAUUGUAAUAUAAUUGAUUAGUUUGGUCUCGGGUUUUAUUAUUUACCAACUUAUUACAGCAAUUAAUUUGUUUGCACUAUGUUUUGCGCGUCAACAAAACUAAGUUGAUAAUAAAUUUUCAUAAAAAUUUGUAAUUGUAAGAACUAAUCAAGCAAUUAAAUAAAAAUCAUAUGUAAAAACUAAUAUUAAAAUUUAUACAAACAUUUGUUGUACUAAGGCAUUUAGAAUACUAUGAACUCACAAUCAGUGAGAUAACUACAGCAACUUCCAGCUAUAUAAGACGUUAGAAAACGAGAAAUAAUAAGAAGAAAUAAUUAAAUGGUUAGUUUUAGUUAGGGGUCUUACUUUAAGUUUAUUAUUCUAUAAAUUUUU